AUGCCUCAGAUGUCGGAGAAGGAAGAUUGUACAUUUUCUCUGUUGCAUCUCGUCUACCAACUUGCCAACCUAGUUUAUCUACAGCGAUGCGACGGUGCUCGACCAGCGUGCGGCCCUUGCAUACGUGCAGAUCGGGCGAACGAAUGCGAGUAUGCCGACGGCCAGGGACAGACACAGAAUCAACUUUUGGAGCAACAGGUUACCCAACUCGAGAGUCGUAUUGCGGAGAUAGAAAACUCCGUGGCGACACCGAUUGUGCUAUAUGACCCGUACGAGGCUUUUCAUCGUUCGGCAGCCGGGUCGCAGUCCGGUCAGCAGCGCGACCCGACUCUGCAUUCUCUCAUGGCGUCGUUCUUCCAGCAUGUGUCAGAAGUCGGCUUCUUUCUGCACAUCCCUAGAUUCCUGCAGCAGGUUUCCGCUGUUCCGUCAACUAGCCUCCCGGUACACACCUCUCUUACACUCAACGCGAUAUACACUCUAGGUGCACACUUUUCACGCGAGCCCCAGCUGCGAUCACAGGAGGCCACCUUCCUUUCUCGUGUCCUGGAGCAGCUACCAACCGCUCUGUCCAGAUCGCAACCCGUAGCCAUCCUCCACGUACUGCAGACCGAAAUUCUUCUGUCGUAUUACUUCAUGGACAAUAAUCGUUCCCUGGAGGGGAUAUACCACUCCAAUGCAGCCGCUUCAAUGGCUCUUGCGUGCAAGCUGCACCAAAUUCGCAGCUCUCGCUAUCUGGGAGCAUCCACAGGUCAUGCUACAAGUGCACCAUAUCGCCUCAACCCCCCUGUGAAUGGAGUGGAAGAAGGGGAAAGGAUUAACGCUCUAUGGGCCGCUUACAUCUUGGAUAAGAGUUGGAGUAUAGCAUUCGGGUCAUCUACCGCUUUCACCGAGGAAGACGGCAAAGGCAUGGUAAUUGACACUCCUUGGCCAGUAGAUCUGGCGAGCAUGGAAAUGGAUCCACUUCCUGUGAAUUUGCGAAGCUCUCGAACUGUGCAGACUUUCCUGCAAAGUUCUGGUGUGCCUGGCGCCACCGUGCAGAGUAUCCAGGCUUUAUAUGCUCAAGCUAUCUCACUUUGCGCUCAAGCGAAGAAUAUCGCCUCUCGCUGGAGCCCUAAUAAUGCGACAUUCCAAUCCAAUUUCACGCAUUUCAACAAUCGCGUGGAACAGUUCAAAAGCGUAUUGCCCUCCAUAGCUAGCGUGGAUCCCAAUCGGCGCGACCUGAUUCGGAAAUUGCUCGUCAUUCACACUUUGGCUCACUCCGCGACGCUGAUCUUGUACAAACCUGUCGAAGCGCAGAUGGUGGCUCUCAAUGGAAGGUCCUGGAUGGCAGCUACGGCUAUUGCUGCUACCUUGCGAAAUGUGGACCUCAACAUGAUAGACUUUAUAAGUCCCAUAUCGGCUGCUUUGUGGAAGACUGCAGCUGAUGUCAUCGUCCGUGGUUACAUGACUGCUAGGCAGCAGUCAAACAUCAGUCCUCAGCAGCGAGCAUCGUUGUUGGAACCAUUGAACCGCAUUCUGUCAGCGAUCCAGAAAUGGAGGGCUAUAUCUCCUCUAAUGAACCAUCACGCUAGCGCCAUUCAACAGGCGAUCACAGGACUGUAG